UAGACGACUGAGCCAGUAAGAUUCACAAGUCACUCUCAUUAUCGCGAGCUGAUGUAUGCGGUUGUCGAUCCCCACUGGCUUGCAACCUGUGGAGUUAAAGUUGUAAACGCUCUAGCACCUUCCUACUACUUUGCACUGCUUGACACUGGGGUAUAGCCCUAAAGGCUUGAAGGUCGUGGUACAGUCGGCGCUUCCUGAAGGAUGUCUGCGGCAAAGCGCCAAGUGCUGGCCAUCCUAAAGCAAGCUGCUCGUUGCUCGUCGGAAAGUGCCUCACACACAACGGGCUGUGGGCCAUCAACCUCAUAUGGCCCAAUCCUUGGUCACGGUGCUGCGGCCUUGCGAGGAACACGAUUCGCGACCCACGCCAUCCACACCUUCGCGCGUCAACGAGGUACAGCCCGACAAGCUAGCCGUGCGUUGCGCCGUGAGACAGAGGCAUUCCUGCGGCAAUGGCGCGGCUUUAAGACAGUCGCGGUCGGAAGCGGCGUGGGCAUGACACAAAACAGUCAGGGCGUGCUCACCGCUCUCCUCCCACCCGCGCUCCUCUGGCUCCUCAUGGUCCUUCCCAGCGGGUACCACACCUUUGCCCUCCGACUGUUCGGCCUAGGGCCCAGCUCCACCCAACCAAAGCACCCCAACCGCUCCCACGGACGCAGCUCCAGCGACUCCUCACCCUCCGAAACCAGCAACCUUAAAGCCGCCUUCUCCUUCCUCAUAGCCGCCAUACGCGACGAGUUCUUGUUAGCUGCUCGCGCCACCUACCUGUGUCUGCUGUUCCUGCCCGCGCUGCUCUCGGCGCCGUUUGUGUCGCUGCUGGGCGGGCUGGGUCGGGAGCGCUGGCUGAGCCUGGUGCAGUGGACUCUGGAGCGGGCGGGCCCCGCAUUCAUCAAGUGGGGGCAGUGGGCCUCCACACGACCUGACCUCUUCCCGGAGGACCUGUGCACCCGGUUGGAGCAGCUGCAGACCUCCGCACCCGGCCACGCGCCCUCGCUGACGCUGGCGGCGGUGGAGCGGGCCUUCGCGGCGCCCAUCUCAGACCUCUUCCAGGAGUUUGAGGCGGAGCCGGUGGCCAGCGGGUCCAUUGCGCAGAUCCACGUGGCCACCCUCUCCCCUCUGGGCGCCAAGCUAGUAGGCGGCGGCGCGGAACCCGGCUCCCGCGUCGCCGUCAAGGUGCGGCACCCGGGCGUGUCGGAGAUCAUGCACCGGGACUUCAUCCUCAUGCAGCGCGCCGCGGCGCUGUGCUCCCAGCUGCCGGCGCUGCGGGAGCUGCGGCUGGAGGAGAGCAUCCGGCAGUUCGGCGGGCCGCUGAAGGAGCAGCUGGACUUGUCGGUGGAGGCGGAGCACCUGCGGCGCUUUAAUGCGAACUUCCGGGCGUGGGGGAAUGUGCGGUUCCCCGUGCCGUUGUACCCGCUGGUUAGCCAGGACGUGUUGGUGGAGAGCUACGAGGACGGCGACCUGAUCAUGCGCUACGUGCGCUCUCCGCACCGGCACAACGCCAUGCUGGCGCAGACGGGCGUCACGGUGUUCCUGGCCAUGAUGCUGCGGGACAACUUCAUACACGCGGACCUGCACCCGGGCAACAUCCUGGUGAAGGAGGCGGACCCGCCCUCCCCGCUGGUCUCCGCAGCCGCCAAAUGGCUGCCUGACAGGGUGCGAUCCUGGCUUGUGGACCGCUCGCCGCAGGUGGUGUUGCUGGACACGGGAAUGAUCGUGGAGCUGAGUGACCACGACCAGGCGGCGCUGAUGGGCUUCUUCCGCGCCCUCACGCGCAUGGACGGCAAGGCGCUGGCGGCGCAGAUCAUCAACAUGUCGGUGGAUGGGGCGUGCAAGGACCCCGCUGCCUUCGCCGCCGAGCUGGACAGCAUGUUCCGUUGCAUGGACCGCGAGUACCUGCGGCUGGAGUCGCAGGCGGUCAUCCGCGACCUCAUCGAGCGAAUGAGGCAGCACCAGGUGACCCUCCGCUCCUCCGUCUCCACCGUUGUUGUCACCUCUCUUGUGCUGGAGGGCUGGAGCAGCAAGCUGGACCCGGACGUGCGCAUCCUGGACACGAUGCGCGACAUGCUCGCCAUGGACUGGCCGGAGCGGAUUAGCAUGGCAGUGGACCGGGUGGUGGGGUCGGGGGGGCUGCUGGAGGCAUGAGGGGGAGGAGGAGGCGGGAGAGCGGAGCUGGGAGGCGUAAGAGGGGAAGAGGAGGUAGGGGAUGGGAGUCCAUGCGGAAAAGGGUGGCAUUCUUUAGGUAGCGUAGGUCUUGGAGGUUUGGUGGAGUGUGGGUAGAGCAUGUGCAUGGCGCGUGUGGAUGAAGCGAGAGGUGGGAGCUGCUGCAAGGGUUUAGAUGUGCAUGUGCUGUUGUUGUUGUUGUGGUGGUGGUGGUGGUGGGUGAAGGAGGCGGCGGCAAUCGUAAAUCUCGGAGCAGAGGAGUGAUAUGAUGGAGGGCUUGUAGGUGUGAGUGUGAGGUAGCAGGCAGGCAGUCGAGGGGGGGGAAAGGCGCAUGAGAGACGAUCAGGUCAAAGCUUUAAGUCGGAGCCCUUGUGCAGAAGGCGUGUGUGGUGGUAUACAGGCCAGCAGCGUUGGAAGGGCCCUAACGGGAUAUGGGCGGCGGGCGAGGUGGAGCAGGCAGUUGGCAGCUGGUUGGCUGCUGUCCUUGCAACUGCGGGGUUGGGGGGCCCUUCGGGUCCUCUGCUCAGUGCAUGAUCACCCUUGUUGCAUGCAUGCGCAGCGGGCGAGGUGCAGAUGUGCGGGGGCACCGGAAGAACGGGGGAAACGAAGCAGCGGCUGAUGGCUGCAGACUGUCCCGCUAAUUUCCUGGCAGCAUAUUGCCUUGGUUACUGCGGUUAUCUGGAUCUGCGCUGGGGGUGGUAGCGCUGCGCCAAUGCAGGGUCCUUCUGUUGGUCGUGUGUAUGUCGGCUGUCAGCCAGAGGUGUGCAGUGCCUGUGUACAUGCGUCACACCACUUGAAUUGGACUUGAGCUUAACCGGUUUAGCUAUGUGAAUGGAGAAGGGGCGGAAUUCUUUAGGAAGAGAGGUCGGAAUAGGAGGUUGUUAGGAAUUAGGGAUGAUGUGCAUGGUGCGGCUAAGGGAUUAUGGGGCGCUAUUUGCAAAGUAGGGUUGCGGUGACGGUUGCAUGGAGUGACGUGACAAGUCAUUUCUGCCCCUUGGUGACGAGGUUGAAGGCAAGGGCCCCGCCCUCUAGGCGGCUGUGACAACUUUCAAAGUGUGCUGCACGCAUGUGCUUUGCGUGUGGAGAAUGAAUUCGUGUGUGUGUUUAGGCCUGGGUAAAGCGGUGAGCUUGAUGUCUCUCGCUGCAGACGUGCGUGCAUGACAGCUUUCGUUUGUGAUGGCAGGUAGGCUGAAUUGUUUGGGAUGGGCACAUCCCUUCUUGUGAGCAGUGCUGUUUGGUGCCGUGUUGCAAUGCGUUUGCUGUGUCAGGUCUGGAAGGUCUCAUACGCGCGUGAUGUGCGCUGCCAUGCUCAUGCAGGUUUAGCUGCAUUGGCUAGCUCUGAUUCCCUCCGAAUAACACUUCUGAUUUAUGCUGUUGUGUUCUUUUGCUCUUCUUUAAAUAUCACACUGCAAGGCGGCAGAUUUCUAUGCGGGUUUGUCAGCUGAUACACAACUUUUAUUCACUGUUAUGUAAAUCUGAGGACAUAAUAGCAACGCGUUUGCACACUGUGCCGCACAUCAUUGAUUGUACCAACUUUUGCAAGGUUUAGAAGAAGGCUACGCAGUUUGAGGUUUAACACCCAGAAGGGAAGAUACGACAUGCAUGUCGAGACACCCAAUUACAACUUUCUUCUACACACCGAGUGAGCUUAACAAGCUUCACUCCACAGAACGCAAACUGGGCACGUAAGCUGUAAAUCUCAU